AUGGCUCGCUUAUUAACUAAUAGUCAAGCUGAAGAGCUGCACAAAUCCAUUAUUGCUUAUCUGUCAGCAAAUGGCUUGCCAGAAACUACCGCUAUAUUAAGAAAAGAGCUGGGUGUUACAGAACAUGACUUCAAUGCAACUGCAGUAAAAAAAUAUGAAACACUGCUGGAGAAAAAUGGACCACUACUGUUCGCUUACAGAGAAAGUCGAGACUCAAAGGCUUGGCUGCCUCAGCGCCCUCGGUACUCAUUGCACUCACAUCGUGAUACUAUUAAUUGUAUUGCUUUUCAUCCUAAAUAUUCCUCUAUUGCAUCGGGUUCCGAUGAUUGCACGAUUAAGAUAUGGGACUGGGAACUUGGCGAGUUGGAGGUGACACUCAAAGGCCAUACAAGGGCGGUUCGUGAUCUUGAUUAUGGCAGCCCUCCGGGGGCUGUUGGCGUCCUUCUGGCCUCCUGCAGUUCCGACCUUACUAUCAAGUUAUGGGAUCCGGCGGACGGUUAUAAGAAUAUUCGGACUUUACAAGGACAUGACCAUAUUGUCAGUGCCGUUCGUUUCAUACCAAAUGGGAGCUUGCUCGCCAGCGCAAGCAGAGACAUGGAUGUAAGGUUAUGGGAUGUAACAAACGGGUACUGUGUGAAGACGAUACAAGGCCACACUGGCUGGGUGCGAGAUGUUUGCGCAUCUCUUGAUGGAAGGUUCAUCCUCUCUACUGGGGACGACAUGACCGUUCGGCUAUGGGACAUUUCGGCGAAGCCGGAAAACAAGUUGACUAUGGUCGGUCAUGAAAACUUCAAUGAGUGUUGCGCAAUUGCUCCUCCAACCUCCUAUCAGUACCUUGCUCCAUUAGCAAGAUUGGCAAAGGUCUCACGUGCGGGAAGUACAGCUGAAUUCAUGGCGACUGGAUCGCGAGACAAGACUAUCAAACUCUGGGAUGCUCGCGGGACUUGCCUCAUGACAUUGACUGGGCAUGACAACUGGGUCCGAGCAAUUGUUUUCCAUCCUGGGGGAAGAUAUCUCCUUUCCGUCUCCGAUGACAAGACAUUACGUUGCUGGGACUUGAGCCAAGAAGGAAAAUGUGUAAAGACGAUUAGAGAUACCCAUGGAGGUUUCAUUACCUGUUUGAGAUGGGCUCCAGCAAUUCUUAAAGACACCCCCACGGAUGCUGCUAGGGCUCUUGUGAGGCAGAUACCAGAUGUUGCUGAAAUUAUGAAGAAUGCGACAUUUGAAGAAAGCUUUUCUGAUGUACAGAUCCGGUGUGUUGUUGCCACAGGCAGUGUUGACAAGAAGUUACAGAUAUUUGCUGGCUAA